AUGGGUAAGGUAAGUUUAUUUAUCACCUUUUUCGAGGACAGGAACUUUCAAGGUCGUAGUUAUGAGUGCAGUAAUGACUGCACGGACCUUCACACCUACUUCAGCCGGUGUAACUCAAUCCGGGUGGAGAGUGGCUGCUUCAUGAUCUACGAGCGCCCCAACUACAUGGGUCACCAGUACUACAUGAGAAGGGGCGAGUACCCCGACUACCAGAGGUGGAUGGGCUUCAGCAGUUGUAUCAGAUCUUGCAGGGUGAUCCCCAUGUACAGGGGCUCCUACAGGAUGCGAAUCUACGAGAAGGCCGACUUUGGUGGCCACAUGAUGGAGUUCAUGGACGACUGCCCCUGUGUGUCUGACCGUUUCCACCACCGCCACGUCUACUCCUGCAACGUGAUGAAUGGCUACUGGAUCUUUUACGAGUACCCCAACUUCAGGGGCAGACAGUACUUUGUGAAGCCCGGAGAGUACAGGAGGUACCGCGACUGGUGCGCCACCAGUGCCAUUAUUGGCUCCUUCAGGAGGGUCACUGACUUUUAA